CGACUAUAUAAGCACGCGAGUGGGCGUACGAGAAUAAGAGAAGAGCGUUUGUGCUGCUGGUUUAGUGAAGAAAACGGACAAUGGUGCAUCCUAAUAAAACUGGAAUGCGGGACUCAAUGAAAGCUGGACAUCUUCCUGCAGUGAAAGCAGGAGGGAAAAGAGUAGUGAAGAAAAGCGGUGAAGAUAAUGCAAAUGUGGAGAAAGAGGCCAGGAAACUUGAUAAACACAGGUCCCUGCCUACAGUUUCCAGAAUGCAACACAUGAGUCUUCUCCUGACUGGUCCACUUGAGAAGUUGGGCCACGACUUUCCUGAAACUCCAGUUUCUGUGCGACACCGCAAAGUCCGACCCGGUGUGGAGAAGUCACACAUGCCGCGCACCUUCUGCAUUCAACAGCCACGCAAGAUGUAAACAAAAUGCCUUCUGCUGCUGAGUUUUGAUGAAAUGUUGUGCAAAAGACCAGGAAGUGAGUUUGUUUGUGAAUGACAUGCAUCAAGGACCAGACUGACCUACUAGUAGCCUUGGAACAAAGUUCUUGUUUUGCAAUGGUUUUAUUUUUCUAGCUUUGCAGCUUUUGGGUCUUUCUUACUGCAUAGAUGUUGUGCUUGCGCUGUGUUUGGACCAUUAACCCCGUGUUAAUUAAAGCUGUGCUGUGGGAGAAUAUUUAGAGAACUGCCUUAAUGACAUUUCAUGUGCAAAUGUUUGGAAGCGUGGCAUUAAAUUUUUGCAUUAUAUAUAUAUAUAUAUAUAUAUAUAUGCAUGUAU